AUGUUACAACCACUGGAAGCUUUUGUUUUAAUAUUUGAUACAAAUUGUCGUGAGAAUGAAUUUGGAAUGCAAACAUUGGAAAGUGGAGUCUUUGAAGAAUGUAAUUUACUUUGUGACAUUGUUGUUCCACAAAGUGUAUCGAUGAUUAGCAAUUGGUGUUUUGCAAAUUGUUACAAAUUAAGUAAAAUGGAUAUUCCUUAUAAAUUAGUUGAAAUUGGAGACUAUUGUUUUUACAAUUGUACAUCCCUUGUUGAUAUUGUGUUAAAUAACGAUGUAAAGACAAUUGGAAAUCAUUGUUUCACGAGUUGUAAUUCUCUUAAAAAAGUUGUGUUGUCAACCACACUGACUUCACUUGGUUACAAUUGUUUUGACAAUUGUGUUUCACUUGGUAUACUCAACAUUCCCAAAACACUUCUUUCAAUUGGAGACUUUUGUUUUCAAAUGUGCGUUUCAAUUAGUACUUUAAAUAUACCUAAAUGUGUUACUUACAUUGGAAAAGAAUGCUUCGAUCGUCAUAUCAUCAUCAAGUUUAAUUAA